GUGGCUUGAGGUCCUUCCAUAUUGAGACAGUAAAUUAAACAGACGCAAGUUUCACUCCGCAUAAAUAUUAUAUUUUAGACACUAAUACGUGGUAUUACAUUACGGAAACUGCACAAGGAUUUGUAGCACAAGGGAUAACAACAAAAUGGUGCUGUUGGCAGCAGCGGUGUGCACCAAGGCGGGCAAGGCCAUCGUGUCGCGGCAGUUUGUGGAGAUGACCCGGACGCCUGUGGAGGGCCUGCUGGCCGCCUUCCCCAAGCUGAUGAACACAGGCAAGCAGCACACGUUUGUGGAGACUGAGAGCGUGCGCUACGUUUACCAGCCCCUGGAGAAGCUCUACAUGGUGCUGGUCACCACCAAGAACAGCAACAUCCUAGAGGACCUGGAGACACUACGCCUCUUCUCACGCGUGAUCCCAGAGUACUGUCGGGUGCUGGAGGAAGGGGAGGUCUCGGACCACUGUUUUGACCUGAUCUUUGCCUUUGACGAGAUCGUGGCGCUGGGCUACAGGGAGAACGUCAACCUGGCCCAGAUCAGAACAUUCACAGAGAUGGACUCUCAUGAGGAGAAGGUGCUCCACGCUGUCCGAGAGACCCAGGAGCGAGAGGCUAAGGCCGAGAUGAGGAGAAAGGCUAAGGCGCUGCAACAGGCCAGGCGGGACGCGGACCGUUCAGGGAAGAAGUCCCCAGGGUUCUCCGGAGGGUUCGGCAGCAUGUCCAGCAGCAGCAACGCUACCAUCAUCACAGACACCCUCAUGGAGCCAGAGAAACCCAAGGCCUCACCUGUCCCUGCCAGGGCUAGGGGUCCCAGUAAGGCCCUGAAGCUGAGUGCCAGGGGGAAGGAGGUAGAUGACUUUGUGGACAAGCUCAAGUCUGAGGGACAAGUCAUCAUGCCCAGCUCAGGGAAGAGGCCCUCCGAGGCAUCCAAAGCCCUGCCUCCACCAGUUAACACAGAGAGCGUGCACCUGCGUUGUGAGGAGAAAAUCAGCCUGACCUGUGGGAGAGACGGAGGGCUACAGAACCUGGAGGUGCUGGGUAUGAUCACCCUCCGAGUGGCCGACGACAAGAACGGACGCAUUCGCCUCACCAUCAACAACGGAGACAAGAAGGGAGUCCAGCUGCAGACCCACCCCAACGUGGAUAAGAAGCUGUUCACCACAGACUCCGUGCUGGGCCUGAAGAACCCAGACAAGUCCUUCCCUCUGAACAAUGACGUGGGCGUGCUCAAGUGGAGGCUACAGACCACAGACGAGACCCUCAUACCACUAACGAUAAACUGCUGGCCCUCUGAGAGUGCCACUGGCUGUGAUGUCAACAUAGAGUACGAGCUUCAGGAAGACGCACUUGAAUUGAAUGAUGUAGUCAUCUCUAUUCCCAUCCCGUCAGGUGUGGGUGCGCCUGUGAUUGGCGACCUGGACGGAGAGUAUCGCCACGACAGCCGGCGGAAUGUUCUAGAGUGGUGUUUACCCGUGGUGGACGUCAACAACAAGACAGGAAGUCUGGAGUUCAGCGUGGCAGGCCAGCCCAAUGAUUUCUUCCCUGUCAACGUCUCCUUCGUCUCCAAAGGAAACUACUGCGACAUAACGGUGGCCAAAGUGUCCCAGGUAGAUGGAGAAGUUCCAGUGAGGUUCUCCUCAGAGACGUCGUUCCUGGUCGACAAGUAUGAAAUACUGUAAUAUAUUCAUAUGCAGUACUACCAGCAAACAUCAAGAUCAGUGGUUUGACAUAUGAAAAAAAUGAAACGAGAUGAAAGUAAGAAGUGGACUUGAAACCCUUUUCGAAAAGAAAAACCCUUCCCACCAUGGCUUGGCUUGCCAGCAUUUAGUGUCUUUGUACAUUUUUACCAGAAAUCUAUCAACUGAUCAGCCUAUAGCUGUAUGUAUAAAGAACCGCUCGAUGCACCUGCAAGCAGGAAUGGUAAAGUCAAACAGGACAACGUUAGGUAACUAUAUCCGGGUUAGGUUGGGUGGACCUGGGGGGUGAUGACAUCUGGGGUGGGCUUUGUGAAUGACCCUCUCGUCGGUCCAGUUUGUAUCAAAUCCAUUGACAGACAGAUUCUGUGAACCUAUUGGCUAAUAGUUUUACAGAUAUGUCGUAAUCAUGUACGGAAAUACUCUUUGAUACACAUACUCCAAUACAAAACAGGCUUGCGGUCCAUGGUAUAACACUACAACCACUCUUUGCGUGAUUGGUACUGACCUGAACUACCUGUCUCCCGCAAGGCUAAAUCUUAGCUAAAAUUAUUAAGAUGGCAUGUUUUAUAGUUUAGCUUCGCUCGAGUUUGAAAGACCUCAUUAUUAAAUAAUUUAUUUUUCAUUACACUGAUCUGUCUACAGGCUAGUUAAUGUAUAAUGGCAUAUUUUGUUUGUGAUAUGCUAUCCAAUCAGAUGCAUGGAGUAAUUCAAUGCUGAAAUAAGUUUUUGU